AUGAGCAGUGCUCCAGCGCCUGUAGUGCAAAAGCCCCUCGUAGCCAGGCAAGUCAUAGCAUUGAACCCACCACCCGCCAAGCACUACUUCAGAGACCAGGAAUCAGCAACUACUCCAAGUUCUCCCCCCGAUCGCUCAAACGCUCCAUCGCCCAACGCUUCACCCACGCCUGACGCCCGACCGCCCCCAAUCCGCCUGCUACCACCGUAUCAGCGUCAGCCUUGCACAUUCCAACCAAGCUACGGGAUUGCUUACACUCUUUCACGAGAACCUCAGCCCUUACAUAUCCCCGAAAAUGUUGCGGAGCAUGCGACGACGGGCACGACGGUCGGCGAGGUUGGCCCUGUUGCGUGCGCGCGCCCAGCCGUUGGCGAACUUGAUGAGGAUGAAGAAGACGAGGAGGAGUAG